AUUUUUCUCUCGUUAUAAAAAUUCCUCUUAGGGGUUUGCCUCAUAAUACUAAACAGAAUGAAAACUCGACUAAAGGUUAUCUCCUAGGCUUGAGUUCAACAUGUAUCUGGAUUUUUUUUUUUUAGAAAGUCAAAUCAAGAAAUGCUUCCAAAUGAUAAAUUUGUAAAUUCAUAUUCUCUGGCCCUAUUUUUUUUCAUAAACCCUAACUCUACCUUUCUGCUUUAAAGCAAAGCAAACUCGGUGGCCUCCUCUUCUGCACCCCUCAACAUGAUAGCAAUCUCUGCUGUCAGCAGUGUGCUCCUGCUCUCCCUUCUCUGUGAAGCAAGCACCGUCGUCUUACUCAAUUCCACUGACUCAUCCCCGCCAACCAAUAAUUUCGCUGAUAUUGAAGCAGCUUUGAAAGCGCAGCUAGAUUCUGCGGAUAUCCCCAAAGCCAGGCGGAAGCGCUACAUUUCGCAGAAUGACAUGAUCGCUAUUCUUGAUUAUCAUAAUCAAGUUCGGGGCAAAGUGUUCCCACCGGCAGCAAACAUGGAAUAUAUGGUCUGGGAUGAAAAUCUUGCAAAAUCUGCAGAGGCUUGGGCGGCUACUUGCAUUUGGGACCACGGACCUUCUUACUUACUGAGAUAUUUUGGCCAAAAUCUAUCUGUACGAACUGGAAGAUACCGCUCUAUUCUCCAGUUGGUCAAACCAUGGUAUGAUGAAGUGAAAGAUUAUGCUUUUCCAUAUCCCCAGGACUGCAACCCCAGAUGUCCUAUGAGAUGCUUUGGUCCCAUGUGCACACACUAUACGAAGGCUGUCUGGAAAGUAUCCAAUCGUCACAUGAAUUCAUGUGUGCAUGUGUUUAAAGAUGAUCUGAUUUUUUUAAAUAAAUGGAUAGUACUAAUGCUGUCCUUUUUUUUCCCUUCUAGGGGCAACUGGAUUGGAGAGGCACCAUAUAAAGUAGGAGUACCAUGUUCCUCUUGUCCUCCAAGUUACGGCGGAUCUUGUACCGACAACCUAUGUUUUCCAGGUGUAACGUCCAACUACCUAUACUGGUUUAAAUAA